AGGACCAAACGGGCUGGACCAGAGGGGGAAAGGAGCUGAGCACUUUUGAGACACUCCCUAGGGUGGGAGAAGCCGGCUGCGGGGCGGAAAGAGGCGGGACCGGGGCGGGCCUGGAGGGGAGGAGGAGCGAGCCCUGACUCGGGCCCUUUCGCGACGCUCCCUGGAGCUCCUGGGCAGCUGUUCCGCGGUGCCUGCGGGAAGGAGGGAGGUGGCAGCAGCGGCAGCCGCCGGAGGAGGAGAAAGAGGAGGAGGAGGACACAGGCACGCACAGAGGGGAUGAGAGCCCCGCGCUCGGGCUAGGCGGCGGCCGCAGGAUGAGCAAAGACAGGCUGGAGAAGGGGCUGGCGGCCCAGGCGAAGGACUGAGCACCGCGGGGAGGGCGAGCGCCACUGCAGCCGGCAGACUAGACGGGAGCGCUGGAAGGCUGCACAAUGCUGUGGUCCCUCUGGCUUCCUCUCCUGUUCCUGGCCCCUUGUGCCAGGGCCAUCCACCCAUGUUUCCCAGGCUGCCAUUGUGAAGUGGAAUCCUUUGGCCUGUUUGACAGCUUCAGCUUGACCCGGGUGGACUGCAGUGGCCUGGGUUCCCACAUUGUCCCAGUCCCGAUCCCCCUGGACACAACCUACCUGGAUCUGUCCUCUAACCAGCUGGAGGCAGUCAAUGAGUCCAUGCUCACAGGACCAGGUUACACCACUUUGGUGGGCCUCGACCUGAGCUACAACCGCAUCACCAAGAUUUCUUCCACCACCUUCUCCCGGCUCCGAUAUCUAGAGUCCUUGGACCUAAGCCACAAUGCGCUGGCGGCCCUGCCUGAGGAGAGCUUUGCCAGCUCUCCCCUGAGCGAAGUGGAUCUGAGUAGUAACAAGCUAACAGAGAUCUCCAUGGACGCCUUUACUUCUCGAGGGCAGGGGAAACCCCUCAAUGUGGAUCUCUCCCAUAACCUCCUUACCCGGGUGAUUCGGCCACACCUGGACAGGGGCACCCCCAACAUCCAGAGCCUAAACCUCUCCUGGAACCAGCUACAGGACGUGCCUGACCUCCAGGGUCUCCCCCUGCGCUACCUCAAUCUGGAUGGCAAUCUCCUGAGCAGGGUCCAGGCAGGGGCCUUCGCUGGGUUGAAGGACCUCAUUCACCUGUCACUCAGCAGCCUCCGCCGCUCUACAGAGCUUGCCCCGUUUGCCUUCCGUGACUUGCCGAGCCUCCAGGUUCUGGACUUGUCAGGCAACCCCAGCCUUCAGUCAGCCAGGGCCGAGGUCUUCUCCAGCUUGAACUCUCUGCAGGAGCUGAAUCUAUCAGGCACGGGGCUGGCAGUCCUGCCUGACAGGCUUCUGAAAUACCUCCCAUCCGUCAAGAGCAUCACCCUGGGGAAGGACAUCUGGUGUGUCAAGGUGGUCAAAGAGGGCCAAUACCGACGAGAGCUGGGCCAGACCAGAAAGGAAGUCUUGUACUGCCAUGAUGGCCACGGCGCCAUGGCCAAAGCCCCCUAUGUGUUGUAAUAAACGUCACAGAUAUCACCAGGAGAGGUGGAAAUAGGGAAGGCCCCUGGAGGGUCUGGGGAAGGGUAGGACCCACAUGGAGGUGGAAGGAAGAAAAGCUACACUACACCUCCAUUGCAAGCAGAUACUGAGGCCUACCCUCAUGCCAUUUUUUUUGGGUAAGCCUGUCAGUUUAAUUUAUAUUUAUAUGUGCCAAUACCAGGUUCAACUCCUGAUAGAGAAAGAGAGAGAGAGAGACAGACAGACAGAGAGAGAGAGAGAGAGAGAGAGAGAGAGAGAGAGAAAG